CUGCCUUCAAAUAGUCCAACGAAGAAGACGUCGGUGUUGGCGGAGAGUGGAGAGGCGAGCACUUACAGGGAAUUAGCGCGGUCUUUUCCACUUUAAUACCUUCAGGCGCUUCACUUGUACGGCGACCAAGUUGUGCCACAAUAUUCCCCGCGUUGUUCCCAACGGCGAGGCGAGUCUAGUUGAACCGCAACUGCGCUUCUUAUUCGCUUAAGGAAGGACCCAGCGUUCACGCUAGCUAGCUACUCCACGCUACCACCACACCACUUCGUCCAUUGUGCGCUAGCUAGCAUGUCUAGCGGAGGCAUUAUACGCGGACCCGCGGGGAGCAACGACUGCCGCAUCUACGUCGGCAACCUGCCGCCCGACAUCCGCUCCAAGGACGUCGAAGACCUGUUCUACAAGUACGGCUCCAUCCGCGACAUCGAUCUGAAGAACCGACGAGGGGGACCGCCGUUCGCCUUCGUGCAGUUCGAGGACCCGAGGGACGCGGACGAUGCCGUGUACGGCCGCGACGGCUACGACUAUGACGGCUACCGACUUCGCGUGGAGUUCCCCCGAAGCGGCCGAGGCGGAGCGGCGGGUGCCCCCAGGGGCCGAUACGGACCCCCGUCUCGACGCUCCGAGUACAGGGUCAUUGUGUCAGGUCUUCCUCCUAGUGGAAGCUGGCAGGACCUGAAGGACCACAUGAGAGAGGCGGGCGAUGUGUGCUACGCUGACGUGAACCGCGACGGCAGCGGCGUGGUGGAGUUUGUGCGCAAGGAGGACAUGACCUACGCUGUGCACAAGUUGGACAACAGCAAGUUCCGCUCCCACGAGGGCGAGACGGCGUACAUCCGCGUCAGGAUGGACGGCCACCGCAGCCCCAGCUACGACCGCUCCCGCAGCCGCAGCCGAAGCAAGAGUCGGUCGCGCAGCUACUCCCCCGCUCGCCGCGGGCGGGCCUCGCCGCGCUACUCCCCGCGGCGCUCCCGUUCCCGCUCUCGCUCCCGCUCCCGCACCUAGAGCCACUGCCGUCGUCGUCGCCGCCCUCCCCUGACGGAGAGCGCCGUGUCGAGAGAGGGAACAGAAACCUCGGCGUCGGAUCCCGUUUAUCAUGUAUUUCUCAUUAGCCCCGCCUUUUUGUGCUUUGUCGCCACCCCGUUCGCCCCCCCCCACCCUCCCCCCUUUUUCACUAGAUCAGAGCAGCAGGAUAGGAUGGGAAGAGAAGGAAACAGUUCAAAUUAGGAUAAACAGGAGGAGAGGAGGAGGAGGAUACAAAUGUGGCACGCAAUGGUAUGAUGGUUGUGCCUUUACAAACAUCUAAUUGUGAGGCUGUUCACAUGUUUUUACACUUAAAAUGGCGCCCCAUUGUUUCUCAAUACUCAACCCCCCCACCAUAAAAAAAAAAACAGCUACUGCAUCCAUUUUGUUUGUAGGUGGUGGCUCCCCCCCCUUUUUUUUUUCUUCUGUUAAAUUUCUUUGUGGUUUUCCCUGCACCCACUUAAAUGACAUCAAAUUGUAGAUAUUUUUCAGUUCAAUGCGAAGGUGUGAUUCUAACUCCUUCUCUUUGGUUCUGCUGGUAUUCUGAAGGUUUGGACUGGGCUCAUUGUCACCCCAUCCGGAGCCGGAUCAGGAUUUAGGAUUUUUAGGCAUCAGGAUGGAUACAAGGAGCAGGAUCAUUGGAGCUUUUUCUUUGUUCGUGUGUUUGUUUGUUGUUUGUACCAGGAGAAGCUCCCACGUCCAACCUUUCAAGCAUUGUAGUUCCAUAGUCAAACUAAUUCGGUGUUCCCUUAAAAAAACACAUUUAGUGUUGACUUUUUUUUUUUUUUUUCUUUGUGGAAAUUCUGAAUUAGCAACAGUGUUGUGACUUUUCAUCUUAUUUUUUUUAUUGUUGGAAAAGGAAGAGCUCUGAUCAAAACCACGAGGGGCUUCCAGGUGGUGGAGGGAGGGGGAAAGGGAUGGAGGGAGGGAAUGUGGUUUGUAUCUUCUUGGUCGCUUUUUCCUGACGAGGUGGUUUCUGUUUUUUUUCUUUAGUCUCCGGUGUCAUCAGAGCUUUAUUCUCUUUUAAUAAAAAUUUAAAAUGUA